AUGGCAAAAACGCUGGCGCAAGGCAGAAAACCUGGGAGUGGAAGAAAGCCAGGUAAGGGUAAGACGUUGAGAGAAGGCAGAAAACCUGGAAGCGGCAGAAGGCGGAGAGAUCCUAUUGCAAACAAUAUAACCAAUACAACCAAUACAACCAAUACAACGGAGGUGAAUCCAAAUCACACCCUAGUGAACAAUACAAAUGGCAUAAUAGGCAAUAACACACAACAGUUCUUGUCUUUAGUGACAGAGAAUGUUCCCGAGCCACUCAAUACACAGCCCGCAUAUGGGCACCCUCAACAUGAUCUCCAGCAACUGCAACGAAUACCUUCCGUGAGAGUCAUGGAUGCAGUGGAUGCUUUAAGAGGGCUAACCAAGACACAGCCAGGGAACCACAGACAGAUAGUCCAACAUGUGCCGACAUUAACACCAUACAUGGAUAUCAUGUCUCAGAGUCCUAUGCUCCCACGAAAGAUAACAACGGAUAUGUCACAACCUCUAGGCCAUGCUCCAAGUUCCAGACAUUUUGCAGGUCAGAAUAUUACAACGAACAAUCCGUUAAGCUCACAAGCCCCAGCUCAAGGCCAAUUGAAAGUCGAAAUGCACGUAGAUAUCCCUGGCAAUGACAUACCAGCCAUCUCAGGUGGCAGAAACAUAUAUUCAGUUCCUCAUACAACCCAAAAUAGUGUACCGAACUGA